AUGACUUGUCAGGAUAGGCCGUAUUCAAGAGAUCCACAUAACGAUAUCCGCAUAACGUUAUACUCCAACCUUAACUGGAAGCAUAACGAUGCACAUUCCAUCAAUUGUCCACAAUAUAAAUACACUCUUUCGGCUUCUCCGCUGAUCUUCAACUACAGACUCAGGAAAAAGAGAUCAUUACCUAAAUAUCCAGAAACCAUCAUGCCUUCCGGAUUCGCCAGCAACAACCUUUAUUGGGAGACAGAGGCACCUCUGCAAAAGGGCAAACCCACCGUUCUUUUCAUCCAUGCUUCAUGGAUGUCAUCGGCUAUGUGGGAAGAGACCAUCCAGCUUCUCGCACCACAGUUGCCAGAGGUCAACCUCCUCCGCGUCGACUUGAAUGGCCACGGGAAGACCACUGCCGGCCGCAAGGAAUAUACCCUCUGGAACCAAGCUGAGGAUGUCCUUACUCUCUUGAGAGAGCUUGAACUGUCCAACGUACUGAUCGCGGCCAUCUCCAUGGGCUCGAUGAUCGCCCUCCGCCUGGUGCUACUCGACCAAGCUAGAUUCUCAGGCCUCGUCCUCCUUGCCUCCAACGCAUCAGAGGCGACCAACGCUCAACGUGAUGCCUUCUACCAGCUUCGCGAUAUCUGGGUUGCGACACCUGCUCCCAGCGAGCAGAUCAUGAACGCCGCGAUCCUCAGCUGGGGCGGGAAUCCUGAUGUCGAGGGACCGCGUGCGACUCGUAUCAAACAAGACUGGAUUCAGCGUCAUUCAGGCGCUGAGAAUGUGGAGCCUACACUGACCUCGAUGAUGGAAAGAGAUGCGGUGCUUAAUCGACUAGGGGAAUUUCGUGUGCCGGUUCUCCUGAUUCAUGGGGAGGAUGAUAAAACGUAUCCGCUGCAGGAUGCCGUGGAGAUUAAAGAACGGCUUGUUAACGCAGAUGUGCGCUUGGAGGUUGUCAAGGACGAGGGUCAUCUGUUGAUUCACUUGAGGGAGGCUAAGGAUGUGGCUGAAUGGAUCCAGGGUUUUGUACAGAAGGUCCUUAAAUGA